AUGAUCACUGGUACUUCCCAGGCCGACUGCGCUAUUCUCAUCAUUGCCGCCGGUACUGGUGAGUUCGAGGCUGGUAUCUCCAAGGAUGGCCAGACUCGUGAGCACGCUCUUCUCGCCUACACUCUCGGUGUCAAGCAGCUCAUCGUUGCCAUCAACAAGAUGGACACCACCAAGUGGUCCGAGGAGCGUUACCAGGAGAUCAUCAAGGAGACCUCCAACUUCAUCAAGAAGGUCGGCUACAACCCCAAGCACGUUCCCUUCGUCCCCAUCUCCGGCUUCAACGGUGACAACAUGAUUGAGGCUUCCUCCAACUGCCCCUGGUACAAGGGUUGGGAGAAGGAGACCAAGGCCAAGGCCACUGGUAAGACCCUCCUCGAGGCCAUUGACGCCAUCGACCCUCCCAGCCGUCCCACCGACAAGCCCCUCCGUCUUCCCCUCCAGGAUGUCUACAAGAUUGGUGGUAUUGGCACGGUGCCCGUCGGUCGUGUCGAGACCGGUAUCAUCAAGGCCGGUAUGGUCGUCACCUUCGCCCCCGCUGGUGUCACCACUGAGGUCAAGUCCGUCGAGAUGCACCACGAGCAGCUUGUCGAGGGUGUCCCCGGUGACAACGUCGGCUUCAACGUCAAGAACGUCUCCGUCAAGGAGAUCCGUCGUGGCAACGUUGCCGGUGACUCCAAGAACGACCCCCCCAAGGGUGCCGAGUCCUUCAACGCCCAGGUCAUCGUCCUCAACCACCCUGGUCAGGUCGGUGCCGGUUACGCACCAGUCCUCGACUGCCACACCGCCCACAUUGCUUGCAAGUUCUCCGAGCUCCUCGAGAAGAUUGACCGCCGUACCGGAAAGUCUGUUGAGAACUCCCCCAAGUUCAUCAAGUCCGGUGACGCCGCCAUCGUCAAGAUGGUUCCCUCCAAGCCCAUGUGCGUUGAGGCUUUCACUGACUACCCUCCCCUCGGUCGUUUCGCUGUCCGUGACAUGCGUCAGACCGUUGCCGUCGGUGUCAUCAAGUCCGUCGCCAAGGCCGACAAGGCUGGCAAGGUCACCAAGGCCGCCCAGAAGGCUUCCAAGAAAUAA